CCCAGGCUUCCUGUGCGCGCCUGCCACCACCACCGCUUCUCCUCGGGGCCUCGGGCCUUCCCAGGGUCGGGCCUCAUGGCCCAAAGCCCCCAGGACCCCGACGGCAUAUCCUGUGAGCUCAGAGGUGAAAUCACCAGGUUCCUGUGGCCCAAGGAGGCAGAGCUGCUGCUGAAAACCUGGCUUCCCCCGCGGGAUGGUGCUGAGCAAGGUCACGUUCUGGCGCUGCUGCGAUGGAGAGCCUAUCUGCUCCACACCUGCCUUCCCCUGAGGGUGGACUGCACUUUCAGCUACCUGGAGGUCCAGGCCAUGGCACUGCAGGAGACACCCCCUCAGGUCACAUUUGAGCUGGAGUCCCUGCCUGAACUGGUACUGGAGUUUCCUGGGGUGGCUGCCCUGGAACAGCUAGCCCAGCACAUCACUGUGGCCAUUAAGAAAGUUUUUCCUCGAUCCACUCUUGGGAAGCUCUUUCGGAGGCCCACACCCCACACCAUGCUGGCUCGCCUGGAGAGAAGCAGCCAUCCCUCAGAGGCCUCUGCAUCCAGCAGGCCCUGUGGUGGCUUCGUGGAGACAUAUGAGGCUCUGUGUGACUACAAUGGCUUCCCUUUCUGUGAGGAGAUACAGUGGGACGUGAACACCAUCUACCAUCGACAGGGCUGCCGCCAUUUCAACCUGGGAGACUUCAGCCAUCUGGGCAGUCGAGACCUGGCCUUGAGUGUGGCUGCUCUUUCCUACAACCUGUGGUUCCAGUGCCUCUCUUGUGUAGACAUGAAGCUGAGCCUUGAGGUCUUGGAACAGAUUCUGCACAUGAUGAGUCAGUCAUCCCACCUGGAGGAGCUGGUGCUGGAGGCCUGUGGCCUGAGGGGAGAGUUUGUCCGAAGACUGGCCCAGGCACUGGCAGGACAUUCAAGCUCUGGGCUACGGGAGCUCAGCCUGGCCGGGAAUCUGCUGGAUGACAGAGGUGUGGCAGCACUCAGCAGACAUCUAGAGCGUCGGCCAGGUGCCCUGAGGAGACUCAACCUAGCGCAAACAGGGUUGACCCCCCGAGGAAUAAGGGCUCUGGGACAGGCCCUGGCCUCUAACCCAGCCUUUGACUCUUCCCUGACUCAUCUAGACCUUUCUGGGAACCCCGGGGCACUGGGGACUUCGGAAGACAAUGGGGGUCUCUACAGUUUCAUAAGCCGUCCCAAUGCUCUGACAUUCCUGAAUCUUGCAGGCACCGACACUGCCCUGGACACUCUCUUCUCAGCUUUGUCGCGUGGCUGCUGCGCCAGCCUCGUGCACCUCGAGGCUUCAAGGAAUGUCUUUUCCCGCACGAAGUCCCGGACUGCGGCCGCAGUGCUGCACCUGUUCCUCAGUCAGGCGAGGGCGCUGCGACACUUGGGACUAGCGGGCUGCAAGCUGCCCCCCGACGCGCUCAGAGCUCUUUUGGAAGGUCUCGUGCUCAACACGCAGGUGAGCGACCUGCACCUGGACCUCAGCGCCUGUGAGCUGCGCUCAGCCGGCGCUCAGGUGAUCCAGGACUUGGUGUGCGAUGCCAGCGCAGUGAGCUCCCUGGAUUUGGCAGAUAAUGUGACCCAAGCCAUCCCCAGGCUUCGGUUCAGACAUGGUGACGCUGGUGCUGGCCAUUGGGAGGAGUCGGUCCUUGCGACAUGUGGCGCUUGGAAGGAAUUUCAACGUUCGGUGCAAGUGAGCCCCCACCCCACUCUGGGUGUCCCAGAUAGCACCCUGCACCCGAAGCCCCUCGCCCCACCAUCUCCAACAGCAAACCCUGCCCACAGGGAGACCCUGUACGAUGUAUUACACCGGAUUGUCCAGCUCAUGCAGGAUGACGACUGUCCUCUGCAGUCCCUGUCCGUGGCUGAGUCACGGUUGAAGCUGGGUGCCAGCGUCUUGCUCCGGGCCCUGGGCACCAAUCCUAAUCUGACAGCGCUGGACAUCAGUGGCAAUGCCAUGGGGGAUGCAGGCGCCAAGAUGCUGGCCAAAGCUCUAAGGGUCAACACUAGGCUCCGGUCUGUGAUCUGGGACCGGAACCACACGUCGGCGAUGGGCCUCCUGGACGUGGCACAGGCCCUGGAACAGAACCGAAGCCUAAAGUCUAUGCCUCUGCCGCUGAACGACGUUGCCCAGGCGCAGCGCAGCCGCCCAGAACUGACCACACGUGCAGUGCAUCAGAUUCAAGCCUGUCUCUUGAGGAACAACCAAGCUGAUCGUGCCCCUCCUGAUGGCAUCACCCUCCAGAAGCCACUAGGUCUGUCUUCAGACCCCUCAGAGCAGGAAGUGAAUGAACUGUGUCAGUCAGUGCAGGAGCACAUGGAGCUGCUGGGCUGUGGGGCUGGGCCCCAGGGUGAAGCCGCUGUGCAUCAGGCCGAGGAUGCCAUCCAGAAUGCCAACUUCUCUCUCAGUAUUCUUCCUAUUCUUUAUGAGGCUGGGAACUCCCCAAGCCAUCAAUGGCAGCUUCAGCAGAAGCUGGAGGCCCUCCUGAGACAGGUGGGUGAGAUCUGUCGCCAAGAUAUUCAGGACUUCACUCAGGUCACACUGGAUACAACAAGGACCCUCUGCCCACAGAUGGGACCCAGGUGGAGGGAGCAAUUGGAGGAGGUCCUGGUGGGCUCCAGGAGCCUCCCAGAGCUAUUUCCAGAGCACCUGCUACAAGAUACCUUCUAUAGGCUCAGGGACAUGCGACUCUCAGUUACAGGAACAUUGGCCGACAGCAUUGUAGCUCAGGCUCUGGAGGGUCUGAGUGCAGCCCGGGAUCGGCUGGUAGAGAGUCUGGCUCAGCAGGCAAUGGCCCCUGUCCUGCCAACACUGAAAGGAGGCAAAGCCAACCCCAGGAAAUUGGAUAGUCUGUUCUUCCCUGAGAUGGAGGUGGAGGAUGAGGACGAAGAAGAGCAGAAAGAUGACAGUCCUCCACAGAAAUGGCCUGAGUCCAUCCACUGCCUUUACCUGCCCUCCUACACUCGCUGUGCAGCUGAGCAGCAGCAGUUGCAGCCUGAGCUCGAGCUGGCGGCGCCGGGAGAAGAUGCGGAGCCGCAGGCGGGGCCGUCUGCUCGCGGCUCUCCCAGCCCCGCUGCCCCUGGGCUCCCGGCAGACCCGCUGCCCCGCAUGGAGCUGCCUCCCUCUGGGCAGCCCCUGCGCCAUCCCACGCGGGCCCGGCCACGGCCCCGCCGCCAGCACCACCACCGCCCGCCGCCUGGGGGCCCCCAGGUGCCUCCAGCCCUCCCACAGGAAGGGAAUGGGCUCAGUGCUCGUGUAGACGAGGGUGUGGAGGAAUUUUUCUCCAAAAGGUUGAUCCAGCAGGACCGCCUCUGGACUCCUGAGGAGGACUUGGUCACUGAGGGCGGUAGCACCCCUGUUCCACGUACACUUCGAAAGAAGCUGGGCACCCUUUUUGCCUUCAAGAAGCCUCGCUCAACAAGGGGCCCACGGCCUGACCUAGAGACCAGCCCUGGGGCAGCUCCCCGUACUCGGAAAACUACACUUGGGGAUCUGCUGCGGCCACCAGCUCGCCCUGGCCGGGGUGAGGAGCCUGGUGGGGCUGAGGGGGGCAACAGCAGUCCUGACCCUGCUCGAAGGAGCCGGCCUCGCUACACACGAGAAAGCAAGGCCUAUUCCAUGAUACUGCUGCCUGCUGAAGAGGAUGAGGGGACACUGGGUGCCAGACCUGACAAGCGGCGGCCUCUGGAGCGGGGAGAGACAGAACUGGCUCCAUCCUUUGAACAGCGGGUGCAAGUGAUGCUACAGAGGAUUGGUGUUAGCCGAGGCAGCGGGAGUGUGGAAGGCAAGAGAAAACAAAGUAAAGAUGGAGAGAUCAAGAAGGCUGGCUCAGAUGGUGACAUUAUGGAUAGCUCCACAGAGACCCCUCCCAUCUCCAUCAAGUCCCGAACCCACUCCGUAUCUGCUGAUCCCUCAUGUAGACCUGUGCCAGGCGGCCAGGGCCCUGAAUCAGCCACCUGGAAGACACUGGGGCAGCAGCUGAAUGCAGAGCUCAGGGGCCGUGGUUGGGGCCAACAGGAUGGUCCUGGCCCCCCCUCUCCUUGCCCCAGUCCAAGCCCCCAAAGAGCCAGCCCCUCCCCAGAUAGUCUGGGCCUCCCAGAGGAUCCUUGCUUUGGUCCCAGAGAUGGUCAGCUGAGGCCAAGGCCCCUCUCGGCAGGGCGGCGAGCAGUGUCUGUGCAUGAGGACCAGCUCCAGGCCCCUGCUGAACGGCCCCUGCGGUUACAGCGCUCCCCUGUCCUCAAGCGUAGGCCAAAGCUUGAGGCACCCCCAUCUCCAAGCCUAGGAUCUAGCCUUGGAGUUGAGUCUCUAACCCCACAUCCCACAGAGCCCUUCAGCCCUGAGCGAAGCCCAUCCUCCCCAGGCACAGACCAAAGAGGCGGCGGCCCAAACCCCUGACCUUCUCCUCUCCAGCCGCAUGAGAUUAUUUUAUUAAAAAACUCAAAUGAA